AUGCAUUGCAUCCUGGCCGUGAGAAAUGCCAAGGACACUGGUGCAUCCCUUCACAUCCGAAGGGAUGCGGUGGGUGAGUCAAUCAGCUUACAUCCUGCAGCUCCUUUCACCGACUGUUUGCACCGAGAGGAGUCCAGUGCAUCUUAUCUGGAGGGCGCUUUUCGCGGGUGUCUGCUUUACAAAAAGAGACGAGGCAUUCUUGGCUGUAUUGUGUCUGGCCCUGGUAUGCGAAACGCUGUCGGAGUUGCAUUCCAAAUCCGAAAUGUACGUGCGACAUGUCUAUUGCUGAAACUACAGAAAAGGCUCAGCUAG